CAAAAAUGGAUUCCUAUCCUGACGUUGUCGAACAUGAAUCCAGUGCAAAAAGAAUAAAACUAGAUUUAGGCGACUCUAAUAUAGGUGAAUUGUGCAACAGAAGAGGUUUUCCCUGUUUUUCCACAUCAAUUCCGGGCGCGAUGGACAUCUCAGAAGGUAUAUCCGCAGACUGCGAUUCUGGUUAUGAAGCAUCGACACUCGAAUCGCUACCCACACCCUCACAUCACCCUUCACCACACACCGAGCAUGGCGACACCCGCGAAAGCCUGUCGGUGUCCGAUUCGCUUCAACAAACACCAACUUACACUGGCGACCAGCUCGACACGUCGCAAGACAGUCUGGAGAUAGACGACGACAACGCAUCCACCGUGAGCCACCUGAGUGAUCUCAGUGGAUUGUCUGAGUUGUCCGGUCAGGAUUGGAAGCCCAUGGCGGGUAGUAUGAUAUGGAUCCAAAAACAAAUGGCACACGGUGUCAAUCCACGUAUGAUACUGUCAGAUUUGGGUGUCGAACUAGAUCAGAUUCCUCAGUACGUUGACGAAGUCACAUUGUGGAAACUAAUCAUAAACAUGUUGGCGGAACCACCCAGACGAAACAAGCUGCGGCAUGUUAACACAUUGGACGACGUUGUGCGACUGCUGCGUGGCGCACAGAAAAUUAUAGUUUUGACGGGUGCAGGCGUGUCGGUGUCAUGUGGUAUUCCCGACUUCAGGUCUAGGGACGGCAUCUACUCCAGAUUAGCGAUCGACUUUCCCAAUCUUCCAGACCCCCAGGCCAUGUUCGACAUUAGCUACUUUAGCCAGGAUCCCCGACCGUUCUAUAAAUUCGCCAGAGAUAUCUAUCCGGGAAAGUUUCAACCUAGUCCGUGCCACAGAUUCAUAAAGCUGCUCGAAAAGCACAAGAAGCUUUUGAGGAACUACACACAGAACAUCGACACUUUGGAAAAGGAGGCGAACAUUGAACGGGUGAUCGAGUGUCACGGAUCUUUUGCGACUGCGACUUGCACCAAAUGUGGACACAAAGUAACAGCAAAUAACAUUCGCGAAACAGUUCUUGCACAGAAAAUACCAUUAUGCGAGGUGUGUCAUGCAGGCGAAGAGUCGUCAGUGUCCACGGAUGAUCUCGGAGAAGAGCGCGAUUAUCGUGGUCUCGUCGCCUCCGGCAUCAUGAAACCCGACAUAGUGUUCUUCGGCGAGGGACUGCCUGAUACCUUUCACGAAGCUAUGUCGGCUGAUAAAACAGAAUGCGAUCUUCUGUUGGUGAUCGGAAGCUCGCUUAAAGUACGACCUGUUGCUCUUAUACCCAGCUCGUUGCCGGCCCACAUACCUCAGAUUUUGAUCAACCGAGAACCACUGCAUCAUUGUCGUUUCGAUGUUGAACUCCUGGGAGAUUGUGACGUCAUCAUUAAUCACUUGUGUCAAUUAUUAGGUAAUAGUUGGGAAGAAGGUAUAUACUCAACAGAUGUACUCAAAGAAUCUCCCCUAUUGCCAGUUCCGAAUCCAUUAAGACCUUACGAAAACAGAACAGAAACCGAGCCAAAUUAUACAGUAGAUAUGCCAGAAACAGAAAAAGAAUUCUCAUGCGAAUGCAAUAGUAGUACAAAUGCCAGUUCCUUCAAUAUUGAAAAAAAUGUAGAUGUUAGCUGCUCAUGUAGUCACGCUCAAAUGUCAAUUAGUCAGGACGACUUUGACGAUCUAAAGCAAACGAAAGAACGUCACAUGUCAAUAGAUUCGGCAAGGGAUUCGGGAAUUGGGGACAAUUCGAAUUUCACAGAUCUGGAGACGAAAUACGAUGAUACCUCCGACGACAACAAGGACGAGAGUGAUGUCGAACCCAAAGUGUACCCCACAUCUAAAACGGAAAGUAACGGUGAGAGUUCGAAUACUGAGCUGCGUGGUCUUUGGCAACCGAAAAUCAAGAAAAGUCUGGCUGAUCGACUACCGCCAAACUCUUAUCACAUAAUACCACCGAGCCGGUACAUAUUUCCUGGGGCAGAGGUUUUCUACGAUCCAGACGAUGGAUGUCCCCAAAAAACUGAGUCGUCGACGUCGUCGUCGGACUCUGAUUCUGACAGUGAAGAUAUAAAUAUUUAAAUUAAUGUUGGUAUUUUCAAAUACAUAUUCUAUAAUGAUGUAUAUAGACGACUCUUUAAGGUUGCAUUAAUGCACAGAUUUGAUUAUAUUAAUCAAAUUGCUGUGUCGUUUGGUUUAUUACUUAAUUUAUUAUACUUAGGCACAACAUUGAUAAAAUUCUUUUUUAUGUGCUUUAUGUAAUAUUACAGUUACAUAACUUCAUGCAUGUAUUUUUUUGAAUUAAGGUUCAGUAAAGCCCUAAUUUGUUGUUAUUUAUUAAAUAUUUAUUAGACAUAAGUUGUUGAUUAAGUCUUUAUACCGAAAAUAUUCGCUUUUAGAAUUUCCAAAUUAAAUUUAAUAACAACUUUAAAUCGCAAAUUAUUGUAUUAGUUAUAGUAUCUGUAUGUAUGUGUGAGAAGUAGUUGUCCAUCCAAGUAACAUCGAAAUUGAUUGACAUAUUGGACUACAAUGUUUUGUAUUAACUGUGCAAUACACGGAAAUAUCUUAUAUAAUUACGGAAAAUUACUUCUUCGUUUUCCUGAAUUUUAAUUUGAGGAGAAUUGUAAAACACACAGCAAUCAUACCUACAAAAUAUUUUUCCUAUUUAAAAUAUAUGGGGUUAAUCUAAUUGUCACAUCUUAAUCUUUCAAGUCUUACUCUUAUAUCAAUUAUAUUUUAAUAUAAUUAUGUCGUUUUUUAAUUAUUGCUUUACAAUUUGUGUUUUAGCAAAAUUAGACAAAGAAAAUCGUUUUAUAGAUGUGAUUCUCAAUUUGGGUUAUCUCGUAUUAUGCAGAAGUAUAUGUAAAAAUAAGGGACACACUAUAAUAAUUUCAAUAUUGGUUUAUUUUUAAACAUGUAUGUUUUUAUGUAUACUUUUUAAUAUGUAUCUAGUUUUGUAUAUUUUUUAUUGUUGUUAUAUAUGUAAGAUAAUAUCAGGGUCUUUUUUUACGUUAAGAUAUUUUCAGUUUAGAGCGGUAAAUUAUGGAAAAGUAUUGAUCUCUGAAAAUCUGUAAAUUGUAGACAAUUAUCCUCUUGGAUAUUUGUUUGCAAUAAAUAUAAUUGGAUUGUUUAGUAAAACGACUGAUUAUUGUAACUAAGUUUAUUGUUUAAUUUGUAUGUCCAGUGACAGUUUCUUAUAAAUUAACUCUUUAAUAUUACGUGAGAAUACAGUAUAAAAUAUAGAACAAUUUUUGAUAAUCAUUAAUACAUAGAAUAUAUGAAAAAUGUAAAUAUUAGAAUAGAUAUAACUUCUUGCAUGUCACAAAAUUUUGUACAACAUUUAAUUUUCUAUUAUGUGGUUAAAUGUUCCUCAACAAUAGUUUUUGAUCGCAAGUGUGUCUAAAAACAAUAACGAUUUAUUUGUGACAUGAUCUAUAAACAAAAGUAGAGUUUACAUUAGAAAUAUAUUUUAUUUCAUCGAUAAAAGUAUUUUUGUAAUAGUAGAACAUUUUUUGUUUAACUUGGAUUUCAUUGUGUAAUAAAACUGUGUAUAUAUAAUAUAAUACCAUUAAAAAAUGUAAAAUAAUUGAGUUAGUUUAUGGUUGUGCACAACAUGUAUUAUGUAUAGCAUUAUGUUGGUUAUUUUAUUAUUUUGAUAGAAAUAAUAAAGUAAGCGACAUCCAAAUAUUUUGUUAAAGUCUUCUUUGUAAUAAAACUUCUAAUUUGAUUUUUCUGAUUCAAAUUAUGACUGUGUCCUACGUAUCGCACGAAAAAAGUCGUGUUGAUAUCUGUUUGUAAUUAUAUUGUUUAUGGUAGUAUAUAAGGUCAUUAUUUUUGUACAAGUAUUUAUUUAGUCCUAUUCAUAGUUUCAUUUGAAACAUUCAAUUUGAUAUUACAUCAUGAUACCUCCGAAAUUAAUUAAUUUUAUAAGAAAAUAUUUUCUAUUUAAUUUAUAUAAAUGUAUAUAUUUACAUAUUAUAAUUGGUACUAAAAGCAAUAAAUUGUUUCUUCUAA